AUGGAAGACACAGUAUCGAAAACAUUGGCGACCUUCAUGGAGGAAGAUGGAGGGUUUCCUAAUGACAACAUCUUCAACACACUUCUCCCAAUUGCUCGUGAAAUAGACCAAGCCAUCUUUCAUGACCCCACGAAGGGCGUCAAUGCCACAUAUGACCAAUUCAUCACUGAUGUGAUUCAUACGCGCCACCAAUUGAGACAACAUCUCUCGACAUACCUUGACCCUGAAAAUCCCACAAUCUUUGGGGACUCAGUGUUGAUUUGCACAUUAUCCCACGCCAACUACGAAUAUGCAGUUGCCGCAUUCGCAAUUCUAGCCCUUGGAGCGACACUUGUGCCCAUACCAACAAAUACCAGCCCCGAGCUUCUUCUGCACCACCUUCGCAGAAGCCCCGUCAAAUAUGUCCUUGCGAGCGCCGACUUCCGCGAAACAGCAAGCCAAUUUCAGGCAUUCGCAAACCAGAACUUUCUCCCAGAAAUCCGAGUCGAGUCAAUCCCAACCAUGAACACCUGCCCCGCCACCUUAUGGGAUCUACCAAACCUCCCAAUUUCCGAAAAAACUACCAUUCCAGAAUCCCGUCCCGGUAUCAUCUUCUUCUCCUCGGGUUCAACCGGAGUACCCAAAGGCAUCGUUCACAGCCGAGCCUAUUUCUACGACCGACCUCGUCUUGACUCCGAUGAAGGCUUCUUCGUCCAUCGACCUGCCAGUUGGCUCGCAGGAACAAUGCCACUAGUAGCUGCCAUUCUGGGCGGUGCCCGUGCCGAGAUUAUUAGCCCUUAUGCGCCGGGUCAGGAAUUUUGGGAUCGUCUACGAACGGAUAAAGUCACUAGAAUUACUUCGACGGUAGUGCUCUGGGAGAAGCUGGCUCACCAUUUCAAGGAUCAUCUUAUGGAUCACCCUGAGAGGGAAGAUUAUGUUGCUGGGCUGCAUCAUUUGCGUUCUCCUAUGAUUGGUGCUAGCGUACCGGUUCCUUCUUUAUUGAAUUUCUAUCGUCAUGAAUUGAAAAAGCCACUUUCGCAUCGGUAUGGCUCGACGGAAACUGGCAAGCUAAUCGCUGGAAUGACGGAUGAAGAGGAUGCCAGUAUUGAGGAGCAUCGAUGCAUUGGGAGACAGCUAUUCCCAGAACACCCUUUCAAGAUUUCUGAUGAGGGAGAAUUGUUAAUUGGAGGAUUGACGACUCUUCUUGGAUAUUUGAACGACGAAGCUGCAACCAAGAAAGCUAUCGAUGAAGAAGGAUGGUUCCAUACAGGAGACUUAUGUCACAAAAAUGGAGAUUAUUAUUUCUUCGACGGUCGGGCAUCUGCAGACUUCAUCAAAACUGCUGGCGGUCCAGUCCCAGUGUGCCAACUCGAAGAUGUGGUUCAAAACCUUAAAUACUUCAAAAUGGCAUACGUUAUCCCCGUAGAGGAUGAAGUGGUGGGACGAAGAGUUGGAGUUAUUGCUCGACCUGCCGCAGAACCAGUUGAUAUUCACAGAGUACGAGCUGAUCUCGCAGCUCUAGUUCUGCCUCACAUGCUUCCCAGUGCGUUACGUUUACUUGAGGAACAUGAGACCAUGCCAUUAACGUACACGGACAAAAUUUCGAAGAAGGGAGUUAUGAAGAAGUUCUUCGCUUGCGAUGCCGAAGGGAAGCUCCCGCAGGAUGUGGAGUUGAUAGAUCUCGAGUUCAAAUAA